AUGGCGUCCCUGACCUCCUCCAGCCGCAGGUCCUCCUCGUCGUACCGCUCGUCCUCCCGCUUCAGCUCCUCCAGCUCCUACCGCUCGGAGGGGGGGUCGCUGGGGGGGUCGUCCGAGGCUCUGGAUCCGCUCUUCGAGCCCUUUCUGGACUCGGCCGAUCACUCCGGUCUGUUUAGAGAGGAGAGCCCUGGGGGGGGGGUCGUUUUGACCCCCUUCAGCAGGCAGAGUCGGUCCUCCUGCGGACUCACUGCUCCCGUAGGCGGCGCUGUGGCGGGCCGGCAGAGCGGCACCGGCGUCCGAUGCCAGGGGGACACUUACUACAUGUCAGCUGACGUCAGCCAGUUUGAGCCACACGACGUGGUGCUGAUGGCCUUCAACCACCAGGUGGUCAUCCACGCACAGAAGGUUCUGGACGAUGGGAGCGUCAGCGACACGUUCAGCCACACGUCCCUGUUCCCGGAGGACAUGGACCCGUUGUCGGUGGGAGGGACCCUCGACCCCGACGGCACCCUGGUGGUGAGCGUCCGCCGGACCCCCGCUCCGGAGCCCGUGCGUAGCCCCGCCUACCGCAGCGAGGCCCGCCUUUGA